CUCUAAUUCGGGAAAGAAGAACAAAAAUGGCAUUAAAUGGGAGAGUGUGGCGCAGAAAAAGACCAAGAGGAAGACCCAAAAAUGUACUGCCCUCAACGUUCCUACUUGGAGGCAGCAUCGAAGAUCCGCUCAAUCUGUCGAGCCUGCAGGACGAAGAAACCAAUAAGAGGAUGAACGCAGUGACGCCGAGAGUAUCUCCACCACUACCGACACCACCACAUCGAUACGAAAAGAUCAAGGUGCCUCAACUUGACCCUACAGACCCUCUGCAGCUGUUGAGCGGUGGUUGUAGCAAGAAGAAAAAGAAGAGGAAGCGUAAGGCCCAGCCGCCAGUCGGCGGGCCCAACGCCAAGGUUGCCAAGCUAAUGGAAAUGCCGCAGGUGGACUGCACCGGCCGCCGGAAGCGAAAGACGAGUAUUAAGGCUCACUUUGCAUUUUCCGAGAUCGUAAGCCCUGCCGCGCCACAGUCUGGAACAGAACGCAAGAGGAAAAUUACUGCCGCAAGCAUCGCUGCUGUCGUUGAAAAAAAGUAUUCUUCCGACUAUCGGUACGGCAACUACGACCGCUACUAUUUCUAUCGCGACAAGAUUUACGGCCCUGGAGAUCCCAGAAUCAGGCUACUUAAUCCAGAAAUGUUCGAAGGCAAGGACGUGCUUGACAUCGGAUGCAACUCUGGCGAACUGACGAUUGUGAUGGCCUUGUUUGGUGCGAAAUCAGUCGUCGGCUUGGACAUCGACGCUGACCUGAUCAAGCAGGCCACAAAGAAUCAAAGACUUUUCUUGAAAGGAAAGAGGUGCAUUGCUUUGGACGAGAGCAAGGAAUUGGAGUUACGGGCGAGCAAUCCCACUCUCACAAACGUGACCUUUGUCUCCGGGAACUACGUUUUGAAGGAAGACAGCAUGGUGAAUAAAGAAAAGCAGAAAUUUGAUGUGAUCACCUGUCUGAGAGUGACAAAGUGGAUCCAGCUGAAUUACGGAGAUGCCGGACUGAAACGCUCAUUCAGACGCAUGUUUGCGCAGCUACGGCCGGGCGGCGUGCUCUACCUUGAGACACAGCCGCUCAGCAGUUACGCCCGCAAGAAAAAUAUCAACAUCCAAACGUUGGAGAACUACAAGGAGAUGCAGCUCUACCCAAAUUCGUUUUUCGAGUUCCUGCUGCAGGAUGUGGGAUUUUCGGCGCUAACUGUGAUCUCGACGCCGUCACAUAUUAAUAAUCAUGGCUCCUAUAAUACGAAAAUCUACAAGUUAACGAAAGAUGAAUGGGCUGUCAGCCGCCACACAAUAUAAAAGAGUAGAGCUUUAAUUAAACUCAG